AUGAUAACAACUGCAUAUUUCAAUUUUCCUUACAAGACCGCGGUAUCUCGGUCGAUUGCGGGCACCACCGUGCGCAUUCUUCUCGAUGGUGGCAGCUUCGACAACUUCAUUCGAGAUGGAGAAGAUUCGAAAAGGAAAUCUCAAUCCAAUCGUUGGGUGGGUGUAGCUUUUGGGAGGGUUGACAUGGAGGAACGGUAUGAGCCAUUGAAGGAGCUUGGUUCUGGGAAUUUUGGUGUGGCCAGGUUGGCCAAAGACAAGAAGACUGGAGAGCUUGUCGCGGUCAAAUACAUAGAAAGGGGUAAAAAGAUUGAUGAGAAUGUUCAGAGGGAGAUAAUUAACCACCGAUCAUUAAGGCAUCCAAAUAUAAUCAGGUUCAAAGAGGUCUUGCUGACCCCUACACAUUUAGCUAUUGUCUUGGAGUAUGCUUCAGGUGGUGAACUUUUUGAGAGGAUAUGUACUGCUGGCCGAUUUAGCGAAGAUGAGGCAAGAUAUUUCUUCCAGCAGCUAAUAUCCGGGGUUAGCUACUGUCAUUCAAUGGAGAUCUGUCAUAGAGAUCUGAAAUUGGAAAACACUCUCUUGGACGGAAAUCCAUCUCCUCGACUUAAAAUUUGUGACUUCGGUUACUCCAAGUCUGCUCUAUUGCACUCUCAACCAAAAUCAACAGUUGGAACACCUGCAUACAUUGCUCCAGAGGUUCUGUCUCGAAAGGAGUACGAUGGAAAGAUUUCAGAUGUUUGGUCCUGUGGUGUGACUCUUUAUGUCAUGUUAGUUGGUGCAUACCCAUUUGAAGAGCCAGAAGAUCCUAGAAAUUUCAGAAAGACUAUUGGGAGAAUAAUUGGUGUUCAGUACUCCAUACCCGACUAUGUUCGUGUUUCUACUGAGUGUAGGAAUCUUCUAUCUCGCAUUUUUGUUGCCGAUCCUGCCAAGAGGAUCACCAUCCCAGAGAUAAAACAGAAUCCUUGGUUUCUGAAGAAUUUGCCUAAAGAGAUUAUCGAAGCAGAAAGAAAAGGAUUUGAGGAAACAAAGAAAGACCAACCAUGCCAAAAGGUGGAAGAAAUCAUGAAGAUCAUACAAGAGGCAAGGGUACCAGGACAAGGAUCCAAAGCUGGUGAUGGUAUUGGUGGGCAAGGUGGUGCUGGAUCAUUAGAUAUUGAGGAUGAUGAGGAAAUUGAUGUUAGUGGUGAAUAUGAACAUGUGUGA